AUGCAGGUGUACUGGGACCGGGACGUGCGUGACUUAUCUGAGCAAGAGCGUGCAAUGCGAGAUUUUGCCGAGACGCAUCGGGCGGGCAUCUACUGUGCAUGGGGCAGUAUCGAGGAGGCGGUCGGAGGCCAAGAGGUCCACAAAGUGGCGCUGAGCAUGGGCUGGAAUCCGACCUUUACAGAUGUCAAGGCGAAGACCGUGGAACCGUGGAUUCUCCACAACUUUGACCAAGAUUUCUAUGGAUGCCACCUGCGCUUGCUAGUUUUGGCUUACAUCCGACCGGAGCUGAAAUUUGACACUAUCGAGCAGCUGAAGCAAGAGAUCGCCUUGGAUGGUGAAUUUUGUGCAGCUGCAUUGGCCUCUGAACUGCUGUCGUUCCAAGGCGACUCGUUCCUCCACGCUUGGUCCACUCCUGCACCGGUGAAGCUCCAAGCCGCCCCGAUGCCCGCCGGAAUCAUUGUCAGUACAUCCUUAACGAAAGCCUUGGAAGAGAUGCCACCCCUGCAAGCCGGUUGUGUUCGCUUGUUCUUGGCUCGACACGGCGAGACGACGGCCAACGAGAAGGGCUUGCUGUGUGGGGGCGACCUUGAUUCAGAAUUGAAUAGCAACGGCGAGAAGCAGGCCGAAGAGCUGGCACAGGAAUUCUGCUCGCUGGUAACCCCGGAGAUCAUCGGUUCUUCAUCACAGCGGCGAGCUGUGCGAUCGGCGGAUCUUGUGGCUCGCUGCUGUCCGAAGUCGGAGCGUCUUGUGAUCGACGAUCUUCGUGAAAUGCGCUAUGGAUUGCUCGAAGGUGCUCUCAUUGCCGACGUCGGUGAUGAAAUGAAGUCAAUUGCAAAGGCAUGGCGGGAUGGCAACCUGGAGGAGCGCGUUGGCGGAGAGCGCGGGGAGAGCCCGAAGGACUUGGUGGUGCGUGUCCUGCACGGUCUGAGCAGAAGUCUGCAACAGCAAGAGGGGAAAGCGGUGUUGCUUUUUUGCCAUUCUUGGGUGAACAAGGCUCUGAUCGCUUUGGCUACUCCAGGGCUGGGCUUGCAAAAGUUGCUGGACAUACCUCAAAGGAAUUGUGCCGUCAAUGUAAUUGACGUUGACUGCCGGCACUCCGACCUUUCCCCGUCCCACUUCCGAGUCUUGGCUGUCGACUUAGUGGCCGGGUCUCGGGCGAGGAUUUGA